AUGUCCCGGAGACUCGAAGAAGCCACGGAGGAAGCUCUACUCACCGGCGGUCGCGCCGGCCGGCGAGCCGUGGAAGACGCUGGGUUCGAUCAAGAGCUGAAGGAGAAGCUCCUUGACAAGGUCAAGACAGCCAAAUUUCAAUCUGAUUUCGCGUCCGCCUUCGCCGAGGCUGGGAUGCCCAACUCAGCAGGCGAAGGCACCCGAAUAAUGGCGACUGCGCAGCCUUGGACUGGCGAGGAAUCACACUCCGAUACCGCCCUUCGCAUGCUCGACGAUGCGAGGAAGCCGCUGAAGCCUGAAUUUCGAGGGCAAUACCAGAUCCCGCCGGUCGAUAUGCGAAUACGACGAGAACCGAAAGUCAACGCAGGCCAACGCGCCGCUAAUGCCCGCGAACGAGCUUCGACAUAUACCGGCCUCGGGAUUAAGGACCAGACCGGUCUCAGCGAUGACGAGCGGGAGGCAAUGAGGAAGCAGUUCCGCGAGCGCUUCGAACCCAAUGCUCGAGCCAUGCCAAAUACGCUCUCCGGACUUGCGGCCCUGGCGAACGAGAGAAUCGAGAACGCGAUCGCGCGCGGCCAGUUCAAGAACAUUCCCCGCGGCAAGGGAGUCGAGCGAGACGCGAGGGCGGACAACCCGUUCAUCGAUACGACGGAGUACAUUAUGAAUAAGAUGAUCAAGAGGCAGGAUAUCGUGCCGCCGUGGAUUGAGAAACAGCAGGAGCUCGCAAAAGUCGUGGGGACCUUCAGGUCAAGACUGAGAAACGACUGGAAGAGGCACGUGGCGAGGAUGAUUUCUUCGCGCGGGGGUAGCUUGGAGGAGCAGGUGCAGCGGGCGGAGGAGUAUGCUCGAGCUGAGGAGAUCAGCAAUCCGCGCAAAAAGAAUAUCGAGAGCAUCUCCGUGCCGACCAAUUCCACGGACGAUAUCGUGAUGGUCAAGAUUCGACAACAGGCGGCGGGGGAUGCAGCUGCCGAAUCUGCAGCCACGACAGCUGCAGCCAAGGCUCCUGCAGCGGUCGUUGCACCUUUCCGGGACGCGGAAUGGUUGGAAGGCGAACGUUCCUACAUGACUCUCGCCAUCGAAAACAUCAACGCGAUCACGCGUUCCUACAACCUGAUGGCCCCAGACUUGGCUAAGAAGCCUUACUACUCCCUCGACCGGGAACUCGCGACUUGCUAUGCCGAUGUUGCGCCUCUGGUGGCCGAAGCCAUCAGGCAGAGAGCAACGAGACCAGUGAAACCGCUGUUCGACUCAGCUGGCGCGGGCAGGGCGGCCAUCUUCGAUCGGUUUGGCAAGGAGGGCCACACAGCAAAAAUUUACGAUUCGAGAGCCCCUCACUACGGUUUCAAGGAGAUGUGGAAGGACCUUUGGAGUUGA